GUCGGCGGUCUCCAGGUACAUUAUUGUAACUAUUCCGGACCUGUGUGAGAGGUUUUCCUGUCAUUGUGUCUUUGAAAGUCCCCCUGUCACCCUUGGCAAAGCAAUGGAACCUUUCUUGAAAACCUCAGCUGAUGUUGGGUUCCAGGUGUAGCAGCCACAGCGAAGAGCCCCAGACUUUCCUCUCCUAAGCGACGUCAUGCAGUUCUUCUGGUGGAAUAUUGAAGCAUUCCCUUUUGCACUGAGCUUCUACCACACUGGAACGCUUCUCCACUAUUGUAGAAACCCACUGAGAGAUGGUCCGGUGCUGUGGGCCCUGACAGUACCUGCUAGGUGGUCUUCGCUCUCCUGAUUUGGUGUCUCAGACUUCCUUUCUCCGCUUGUUGAUGCCUUCUGCCCUGGAACGGAGCUCAUCACAUUCUACCUCCAGCUGACCCACAUACCAAAGUGUCUUCAGACGUCCCUGUGGAUCGUCUAACCCUGCAGAAGCAGAAGAUAAGAGGCCAGGCUUCAGACGGAGACAAGUGGCAGGGCUAAAGGGGCAGGAGGAGAGGAAAAACAGAAUGAAAGAAUUGGAUGCAGCCAUGCAGAGAAGAGAAGAGACGGAGGACAGGAAGCUCCUGGGAGAGUAAAGACGGGGGAGACUGACACAGAAAGGGGGCUCGAGUUCUGAUCAGAAACUACGUCAGAAGCGAUGGUUACCAUGCGCUAGGAUUCCAUCACCGAGGCAGGAAAAACAGCAACAUGCCAGCACCUUCCACAGGAAUCCUACGGUACCACGAUUUUCAGUCUGCAGAGCUUCUCCACAACCAGGAAAAGAACCACACUCCUCCUGAAUCUCAUGGUCGACAACAUAUGAGAUCCUCCCUCUAGCCUCGGUAGACUUUAACAGUCAGCUCCACUCAACACUGCCGACAUCUGAGGUCUUCAUGGAAAACCUGAUGAGUUUGGAGGUCAAGAAAAGAAGGAUCAUUUGGGCUAAGAUUGGUGGAGGACCAAGCCAGCCAACACCUGGGCAACUCCGGACACUGGAGGAGACUGCUGGUAGAGCAGCUCAGAACCCUUCAGCAGCAGCAGCAGCACAGUGAGCGGCUCUGAAAAAGCAGCAGUCGCAGGUGCAAAGGCAGAAGGAGCCAGUGGAAGGAAAGAAGGCCAGAAGUUUGUCUAUGGAGCAUGACUGGAAAGGCAUUCAACCACAAUACCCCUGCCCUGCCCAGCGCAACCCUGGCAAGUCUCAGGACUGUGUGUGUGUGUGAUUUGAAAGUACAAUGUUGAAAAGAAUAGGCCUAUACUGGGAGCCAAGAUAACUGUCCCUGAUGUGAGAGUCCAACCCCUCCCACUUUCGCUCACACACACACACACACUCACUCACUCCCUCUCUCUCCACUCUAUUCUCCUCUCUCAAAGUGUGUGUCAAUGAAAGGUAUGGCAGGAGUGCUGUGUUGGCUUGGCUGACCGUCUGCGGUUGUGCAGCGGUGAGAGGGAAUUUUGGGAGCGCAGAGCGGGCGUUGCUGUCGAAAUCCCUGAGAAAUGUUCGUUUUGGAUCCGUGUCCCUGCUUACAUACCGCCCGCCUCCCUACUGUCUCUCGUCCUCUGUUUCAUUUUCCCCUCUUAAGGUUGAAGCAACGUUAUGAAACGGUGAAUCGAAACAGCUCACGUACCUGCGUCCACGUGCCGUCUUCAGGGCCGAACUGUCCCGGGGCCUCUGAGGUCAAGACAGGUCAAAGGGACAGGUGUCUGGCAUUGAAAAAAAUAAAUACUUAUCGCUUAUCACAUUUCAUGAAUGAAAUUUUAAUUUUUAAAAAGUCGUUAUAUAAGCAGCCAAUACUUGUUUUUGGAGUUAUAUUUUGUGUGUAUUUUCAGUGGAAGUGUGGUCAGCAUCGCAUUGCGACUGACUAAUCCCAUUUUGAUCCAAUAAGUGUGCAUGUGCGUGUGAGAGAAGGGGAGAGGUAGUGGGGGAGGGUUGGGGUGGGGUGGGAGUGAGAGGAGAGGAGAGGAGAGGAGAGGAGAGGAGAGGAGGGAGGAUUGAUCCGCGUCUGUUAAAAUCUUGUUCUGUUUUUUCGUGAGUGAGGUCUGUGCCUGCCGACGCACCUCUCCUGCGCUGCCCCUCCGAGAGAAGCUUCUGCUGGAAGGAAAACUCCGGAUUUCUUGGCUGAACAUCUGCUGGAUUCCAGAAAAGUGGAUUUAAAAAAAAAAAGGCAAGCCUCUGCUCUCGGUUUUCUGCGAUUUUGAUUUCGUGUUUGUGGAUGAAUUGGAGGAGGGCGCCGAGGCGCGCUCGGGGUCGCUCAGUGGGAUUGUCGAAUUGUAACUUUUCUCGCUGAAAAGCUUCGUAGAUGUUCCGCGGACGACCUUUUCAUCUCUUUCUGCUCAGACGGAAUGGACUUGGGUGCCCCCCCCACCCACCCAGAGAGAGUGCUUAAACUUUCUACUCAAGAAAAAUAAAUAAAAAUAUCGGAUUGCAUUUUCCCCCUUUCAAACGUUUUGGAGGUGAUGUCAUCGUGCUGUGUUUUGGCUGGUAUCGUGCGGAGAAGACGCGUGAGAGAGGACUGGAGCUACGACCAGGCACCGAGCAGCAGCGGCUGAGGCAGCGGGGAAGUCCGGAAAAUCAGGUGCAAAGUGCGGCUGUCAUUUCCCCUCCGUGGCGAGAGUGGCUGAGUCCGCCACCCAGUCACAGCUGCUUCAAGCUCUCCAUCCCUCCCCUUUCUCCUUGUCUUUAUCCCUCAUCCACUUCCAGCGGUUUGUUUAACACGAGCGUUUGCGCUGGAGCGCUGCGGGAUCGCAUCACUGCUGGUCACCUGGGCUCCAGAGCCGCUGAGUCUGCCUGAGAGCGCAGACAUGCCCGAGAUCGUGUCUCCUCUCUCCUUUGCUUCACCAAGUCUCGCUCUGUCUGUCACCGUGUCUGUUUUGCUUGGACUGCUCCUGCCUCUCACUUUUUUCCUGGGACAUACAACCCUGUGUUUUUCGUCCAAGUACACACACAAAAACAUUUGGAGACUAAAGGGUUUAUGUGCACUGAAAGUUUGGAUUAUGCCCAGCAUCCGACUGUCCAUCUAGACACCGGCAACUGGAGUUAACCUCAGAGGUGAUUUCACCUGCCUCGCUUCCUGUCAACUUUGUAACCUUUGCUGAGAAACAGCAGACUUCAGCCGUCAAGGUUCCAUCACAGUGGAACCUCACACUCACCUUGCUCUUAAAAUUUUGCCAACACCGGGAAAACCGAGGCUCGCCGAUGCCAACAGGAGUGUCUGCUGACUCUUGGACCCUGCAGAGCCUACAGUGGAUUCCCGCAAGAGAGUGGGACACUCUGGACUGUCGGACUGGCUCAGCCCCAGCAAGGAGACCAUCUCUGGGCCAAGUUCCAUAGUGGAGGGGGGAAGCAAUGUGGUCCCUUCUUUCCACGCUGGCCGUCUUAUAUAUCCAGAUGUUACUGGUGAUGUGCAAUCCAUUACAGGUGCUUGGUGUGGAUGGAGUUAACUUCAGCGUGCACGUGGAGAACCAAACGCAGGUGCGGGACACGAUGAGUCGACGGCACCACCGCGUCUACCAGCUCUACAGCCGCACCAGCGGCAAACACGUGCAGGUGUUUGGCCGUCGAAUCAGCGCUCGGGGAGAAGACGGAGACAAAUAUGCCCAGCUCGUAGUGGAGGCUGAUACCUUUGGAAGCCAGGUGAGAAUCCGGGGGAAAGAAACCAACUUCUACCUGUGCAUGAACCGGCGGGGCAAGCUGGUGGGAAAGAAGGCCAGCAACCGAAGCGACGACUGUGUCUUCGUGGAAAAGGUUCUUGAAAACCACUACACGGCUCUCAUGUCAGCACGCUACACCGACUGGUAUGUUGGCUUCACCAAAAGAGGCCGCCCUCGCCGAGGACCCCACACGCUCCCCAACCAGCAGGACGUUCACUUCAUGAAACGCUUCCCCCCCGGCGAGCAGCCGGACCUCACCACUCCCUUUCGUUUCACCACCAUCAGCAAGCGAGGAAAGAAGGUGCGCGCCACGGGGCCUCGCUAGCGUCGGCUAAACCGCCAUCGUCCGGAGGUCAAGAGGCAGGACGUGAUCCAUCACAAUGGCGGACUACUCAUCACUUCCACUGCACUCCCACUCAGAGGGACUUUAUGGAGACUUCACUUCAUGAAUAUUUGGGGGUGCUAGCGCUCCGGAAUCUGAGGUGUCACUGCAGCGAAUUCCCCCUGGAGACCCCAGAGGGUCUUGAAACGGCCAGUCAAAAGAGACCUGAUGUGCUUCCUUUAAAUAAAAUGCCUUGCUGCGAGGACAAAACAACAGGUGUGAUGUGAUCCCCAGGACAGUUGGAGGGAGUAAAAUGGAAUACCGCAGAGGAAACAUGGAUGAACUGAGGAGUCAAAGGAUAAAAGGGAAGCACACCGCAGAGUGGAGAAAAGGGAUUAAACUAUCUAUUCCAGAGAUGGACAGAUGGCAUUUAACGCACUUAAACUCUCUAACUGGUGGAAACCUGUGACACCGACGGAUGGACAAGGGACCGAGGUGCAGAGUGAGACACUGAUACGUGCAUGCUGGUAACUAGGAAAGUGUCUGUGUGUGCUUGUGUGUGUAUGUGUGUGUCUGACUGUGAGUGAAGCUGGAUCACGAGGGACCUCGAUGAGGGACAACGGUCCCCGCAAGAGCCUGCUACAACUCACCACAUGGACUUCAGUAACUGGAAUGUACAAAAACAACAGGCACCAAAACAAAAACAAGACGCACCAAAGAAAAACGGACGAUGGACCAGUCCACUGUGGACCAGUAGCCUUUGCCCAGGUGCGGGGGGGGGGGACCCCGCAGGUGUAUGCACUGCAGGGAGGACGCCUGCUCGGAUACAAUGCUAUAGAAACGACCCAGGGGAUCUGGCUCCUGCGUGAUACCGUGGAUACAGAAUGCUGCUAUCAGGACAUUCAGUGGAACAAUCCAAAGACCCACAAUACAUAAACACAAGAGAAAAAUAUAAAAUAAUAAUAAAGGGA